AUGGACUUCUCAACGCCCAGUUAUAACUUCAAUUACCCCAGCUGGGGCGACGAUUCCAUAUAUGAUCUCGAUGGCUACGAAGUCCCUCACAGCUACCGCUUCAUCCUGGCGCUCUACGCCCUCAUCUUCCUCCUGGGCGUCUUGGGCAACGGGGCCGUCAUCUGGGUGACCGGCUUUGAGCUGCGGCGCACGGUGAACGGCAUCUGGUUCCUCAACCUCUCCGUGGCUGACCUCCUCUGUUGCCUAGCCCUGCCCUUCCUGGCCCUGCCGCUGGCCCGUGACCACCAUUGGCCGUUGGGUCACUUCGCCUGCAAGCUGCUGCCUUCCCUCACCAUCCUCAACAUGUUCGCCAGUGUCCUCCUCCUGAUGGCCAUCAGCAUAGAUCGUUGCGCCAUGGUCAUGCGACCGGUGUGGUGCCAAAACCACCGGACGCUGGGGCUGGCCCGGGGGGCUUGCGUGGCCGCCUGGUUCCUGGCUGGGCUCCUCACCCUUCCCUCCUUCAUCUUCCGCACCACCCGUUCCGACAUCUUCUCUGAGAAGACGACCUGUGUCCUGGACUACGUGGCCGUGGGACACCACCAACGUCUCACCGAGCUCAUCACGGCUGUCACACGCUUCGUCUGCGGCUUCCUGGUGCCCUUUGUGGUGAUCACGGCUUGCUACAGCCUGCUGUUGACCCGCAUCCACAGCAAGGGCUUCUCCCGCUCCCAGAAAGCUGUCAAGCUCAUCUUGGUGGUCAUCACCAGCUUCUUUGUGUGCUGGCUGCCCUACCACAUCGUGGGGUUGAUCCUGGCUUCCACCCAUCCUCGCAGCAGGUUGUUUAAGGACGCCCUGGAAGCUGACCCCAUCGUGGCCGGCAUUGCUUACAUCAACAGCUGCAUCAACCCCAUCAUCUACGUCAUCAUGGGACAGGACUUCAAGGACAAGUUCCAGCGUUCCUGGAGAGCCGUGUUGCGGGGCGUGCUGAGUGAUGAUCCCACCACCAGCACCAUGGGGGACAGCAGGAUGAAGACCAAGUCCACCAUGGAUGACCGUAGCGUCAGCACCACAGUGUGA